UCAACACUCUGAUACUGAACUUGUCCACGACCCUGCCCAGAUCAUGGCUCGUCUCAAACGGAUCCUCUAUGCAUAUCAAAUGCCUAUCGUUCCCCACCCUUCUCGUCCAGUCUUUCUCUCGCUUCCUGCAACACAUACAUUCAUUUCAUCUGAGAUUGUUGCUUCACAUAUGUUAAAGCAAGUAUAUUUGAGUUUUUUAAAUUUUGUACCCAA